CUGAGUCAAUAACGAAAGUAAAGUAAGCAACACAAACACACAACAAUGGAGGAGAAACGAGAGAAUUGUCACCCUCUACUGAGAGGAGGAAGGAGAGACUACAUAUACAGCCAUGGCUUCUCUUCAUUGCAAAUCCAAACACUCUCUGCCAUCUGCGAGACUCUGAUUCCUCCCUUGCCACAUCACACAAUUGACCAACCAAGACUUCAUUCCUUCUACAGCUCUUCUGGGUCUCAACCUCCAAUCCCUGAUGAGGUUGCAGAAGUCAUGGUGAGGAGGGCUAAACCAGAUGCUGUGUUCAUUGUGGGUUUAGUUUUAAGGGUUUUGUCUUUCAGAUUGGGAACUUUAUUGCUAUGUGGGUUUCGUUGUCUUGAUUGGAAAUGGCCAUUUAUUCACAAGUUCUCUGAGAUUCCAUUGGAGAGAAGAGAAGAAAUUCUCAAGCAAUGGUCAAAGGAGAAAUAUCUGAAGCCUCUGAGGCUUCUAUUUGCAGUUACCAAAAUGUUUUGCUUGUACACCUUCUUCUCCAGGACUGAUGAAAAUUCGAGGAACCCAGCAUGGGAAGCAAUUGGAUACCAGGCAGACACAAGGAAGAAGUUGCAAAAAAACCAGGAGAGGCCGCUUGAUAAGGGGAUCAUUGAAACAAUGAGUGAAAAUGAUUCCACCCUUGUUCAAUCUCUUGCUGAAAAAGGCUUACAAGUCUCAGAAGAUCCGGAAAAGGGAAUUUGCAGGAUCAAGUGUGAUGUUGUAAUUGUUGGUUCUGGUUCCGGAGGAGGGGUUGCAGCUGCAGUUCUUGCAGGAACUGGCCAGAAAGUACUUGUCCUUGAGAAGGGAAACUAUUUUACACCUGCAGAUUAUUCGUCACUGGAAGGGCCUUCCUUGUCUGAGCUAUAUGAGUCUGGUGCAUUGCUCUCCUCCACCAACGGUAAAUUCAUGAUUUUGGCUGGAUCAACUGUUGGUGGAGGUUCUGCUGUAAACUGGUCUGCAUCCAUCAAAACUCCAAAGCAUGUUCUCAGGGAAUGGUCUGUGGAUCACAAGAUUCGGCUCUUCGGUAGCUGUGACUAUGAAUAUGCCAUGGAUGCAGUAUGUAAGAGGAUUGGUGUCACAGAAAAUUGUACCAAGGAAGGGUUCCAGAACCAAGUUCUUCGAAAAGGAUGCGAGAAACUUGGUUUGAAAGUAGAGACUGUACCAAGGAAUUCUUCAGAGGAUCAUUACUGCGGUUCUUGUGGAUAUGGUUGCAGAACUGGAGACAAGGGAGGGACUGAUUCUACAUGGUUAGUGGAUGCUGUAAACAAUGGUACAGUAAUUCUAACAGGAUGCAAAGCUGAGAGAUUCAUAUUGGAGGAUGCGAUGAACACGAGAAAGAGAAAGAAAUGUGUGGGAGUCACUGCUAAGAUCUUAAACAGCAAUGUCACAUAUAAACUGCAAAUUGAAGCUAGAGUGACAAUAUCUGCAUGUGGAGCUCUUUUGACACCCCCUCUAAUGGUUUCCAGUGGCUUGCAGAAUCCAAAUAUCGGCACAAACCUUCACCUUCAUCCUGUUCUAAUGACUUGGGGAUACUUCCCAGAAGAUAAAUCCGAAUUUGAAGGUAAAAUGUUUGAAGGAGGAAUCAUCACUUCACUCCACAAGGUGGUUUCAGAGGAUUCCAAUGAAGUCCAUGCCAUUGUAGAAACUCCAUUGAUAGGGCCAGCCUCGUUCGCAACGGUUUUUCCUUGGGUUUCAGGGCUUGAUAUGAAGAACACAAUGGUGAGAUAUCCAAGAACUGCUAAUGCUUUUGCACUGAUCAGAGAUCAAGGAUCAGGGGAAGUAAAGGCAGAAGGUAGGAUCAAGUACAGAUUACACAAGUCAGAUAAAGAAAAUCUGAAAAUCGGGUUGAGACGGGUUUUGAGAAUACUGAUCGAGGCAGGAGCUGCUGAAGUUGGUACUUACAGGAGUGAUGGCCAGAGAAUCAAAUGUGACGGUGCCAAGGGACAGGAUUUGGAGGAGUUCUUGGACACCAUUGAUGUACCAGAAGGAUUAAUGUCAAAGGAAGAGAAUUGGGGAGCCAUGACUACUGCUCAUCAGAUGGGAAGUUGCAGGAUGGGAAAAACAGAAGAGGAAGGUGGAGUUGAUGAAAAUGGUGAGAGUUGGGAGGCAAAGGACUUGUAUGUAUGCGAUGGGAGUCUACUACCGACUGCCAUUGGAAUCAAUCCCAUGAUCACCAUCCAAUCUACAGCUUACUGCAUUUCAAAGAAGAUUUCUGAGUCCUUGAAAAAGGAAAAGAGUGUUUAGAAUGUUAUGAUUGACUUUUAUUUAUGAAUAUAAUAUUUGCAAAAAUGAUAUUUUUCAUAUAAUGAGAUAUUUAUUUGAUCAAUUGAUCAUUCCCUCU